CCCGAGUUGUAUAUAUUUACUGGACGAUCGUUUCGCGAUCAUUCUGUGCCGGCUCGUUGCAGCGAUAGGAAGUGCAUAGGAAAUUUCCACCAAAAAAUGGCGAAGAAGGCAAAUCUGGGAGCGGUGAUUCACGGUGUGGACGAUAUGCGGAUGGAUCAACUUCCCUUCCCACCGUCUCCAAAGGAGAACGAAGUCCUGCUGGAGAUAGACUGCGUUGGCAUUUGCGGAUCGGACGUGCACAUCCUAUCCCACGGCGGAUUCGGCGAGUACAAGCUCCGCAAACCCAUGGUCAUUGGGCACGAAGCGUCGGGAGUGGUGAUCGCGAUCGGUCCGGACGUUAAGCGCCUGAAAGUCGGCGAUCGCGUAGCGGUAGAACCAGCGAUCGGAUGCAAGGUCUGCAAGCUGUGCAAGGCCGGGCGGUACAACCUCUGUCCGGACGGAAUCUACAGCGCAACUCCGCCGGUUCACGGAUCGCUCCAGAACUACUACAUUCACGUGGAGGACUGCUGCUUCAAAAUCCCCCCGAACGUGACCAUGGAGGAAGGUGCCCUCAUAGAACCGCUGGCCGUGGGCGUCCACAGCUGUCGUAUUGCCGGAGUCCAGUUGGGAUCGACCGUCCUGGUGCUGGGAGCGGGUCCAAUCGGAAUGGUCACCGUCCUGGUGGCGAAAGCCAUGGGCGCCGACAAGAUCUGCGUGGUCGAUCUCGUCCAAAGUAAGCUGGACCUGGCCAAGCAACUCGGCGCGGACGUAACCUACCUCGUCAAAAAGGGUGACAAAGAGGAAGACACGGUCCGUAAAAUCCACCAACUCCUCGGCACCGCCCCGGACAUCUCGAUCGAGUGCACCGGAGCCGAGUCCUGUGUCCGACUGGCCAUCCUGGCCACCGAACUUGGUGGAGUGGUCACGAUGGUCGGCAUCGGCCCCACCAACAUGAACCUCCCGAUCACGAUCGCGCUGGUUCGCGAGGUGGAGAUCCGGUCGGGUUUCCGGUAUGCGAACGCCUACCCGGCGGCCGUGGCCAUGGUUGCCAACGGGACGAUCGAUGCGACGAAGCUGAUUACGCAUCACUUUGAGCUGAGCGAAUCGCUGGACGCGUUCAAGACGGCCCGCUACGGGUUGGAGGGCGCGAUCAAGGUUAUGAUCCACUGUCAGCCGAGGAACAAGAACAAUCCGUUGCGGAAGAUUUGAACUCUGUCACUCUCUUGAAAUUCUCUCUCCGUCAGAAUUGUAUUUUCGUAAAGCUUUUCUUUUUCUUUGCUUUUGUGAUGAGAAGUGUGGUUUUAACUAAGAGCUAAUCUGCCCAUGUUCGCAUAAUUGUCCCAUAUGCAAAAACAGCAAGCUGAGAAAAA